AAAUGCUUUAUUUCUCUCUGUUAUUAUUGUGUGAUAUAUGAUGAAUGAUACUGUGUUUAGAGUAGGGUAGUUGUUGUAAAACUAGGUAAAAUGAGUGAAUUCGUGAUGUGUCACGUUUGAAUUAAGUGCACCACUAGUCCUCGAUGAGAUUCGAAUAGCAACCAUUAUGACCUACAUCAACGAAUAGAAUUUAAAAUGUUGUGGCCCGAUUUAAAUUUAGAAAGAUGGUUAUUUUUAUUUUUAAAUAUUUAUACGCAUUAGUUCGAGAACUUGACAUUUGAUAGAGUAAACAUGUUCUCGUGUUUGUGGCAAUUGUGGGACUGGUUUGAUCCCACCAGUAUGGAAAACAAAAAGGGAUUAUACCACAAUACUGCAGUUACUCCCAGUAACGAAAUUACUCCAAAUGAAGCAAUACCAAAACAUUCACAUCAACAUAACACCGCAUCCCAACACCUUCGGUUAUUGCAGUAUGGUUUGAAAAUACCCAACCAUCAACAUCAAGUGAAUCAAACCCAUCCUCACCAACAACUAAACUCUCCUUUGCAUUUUCAUAUGCAUCAACAAUACCCACAAGCCACCCACAGACAUUUACAACCUUCACCCCAACAAAUCAACAGUACAAAUUAUCUUCCAAACUAUGUUCAUCAGCAUCAACAAACGAACAACACUCAAUACCAAUCGAAUCAACCACCACCCUUACAUCCACACACGCAAAUCACUCAACCGAGUUCACAAAUUUGGGUUCCACAUCAACCUCCUGUACAUUACCACCAACAAAACAAAGCUGAAGCACAAAAGAAAACUACUGUGCAACCACAAGUGAAAAAAGAACCAGUACCAGUGGAGAGAAAAAAAUCUAGUAAUUCAUCACAAUUGAGGUCACCUUCGGCGAAGCGGCCUGUGGAGGCCCCUGUUACGAUGCAAGGGUGGUUGCAUAAGCAAGGUUCUGAAGGGUUGAUGUUGUGGAAGAAGAGGUGGUUUGUCUUGUCCGAGUAUUGCUUAUUUUAUUAUAAAAGUCCCGAGGAGGAAAAACUACUAGGUUCUAUUUUACUUCCGUCUUACAAAGUUUCAAUUUGUGGACCUGAAGAUAAAGUCAAUAGAAAAUAUGCCUUCAAAUGUGAACAUGCUAAUAUGAGGACGUAUAUAUUAGCAGCUGAUUCACAAGAAUUAAUGAUGCAAUGGAUACGUGUUCUUAAUUUAGCUUGUCUUUUGCAAAGUAACGUAGAAACCGAGUCGGCUCCUCCUGUGCCAUCUAUGUAUCAGUCAAAGAAUUCCGAUCAUCAAGAGAGUAAUACUCCGGUUCAUAUGCAUUCUUCUAGUAACACGACUGACUUAAGUAACCCCAGUCAGCAAGAACUAAGUCAAUACAAUCAACCCCUUUAUGCGAACGCACCCCCAAAACCGCGCCGAUUGAACGACGGGAGUUAUUCCUCGCCUAGUCCUGAUGUUUUAGAAAGAUAUAAUCCACAUAUGAUGAGGAACAUCCCUAAAUCCCCCGUCAAUAUCUACGGCCACGUCCACAUGAAUUCCCAAUCCCCCCAACCGGAGUAUAUACAUCACCGUCCAAAACACAUGGAAUAUGUUUACACACCAACGAGAGAACUGCAAAACAUACCUCAAAACAUGGAACGCAGAACACCAGACACUUACGGUCGCUCGAAGCUACACCCUGCGAAAUCCCGACAUCCCACCGACUACGAGGAUGUUUACGCCGACCAAACGAUGUAUAAACGGCCCCUAAGCCCGAUAGCUUACAGUCAUGUUAGAAAAUCGAACCCUGUCGUGAACCCGGCCUACAGGUCGUACACCCCGGUCCAUAUGCUGGGGCCCAAAGACAUGGUUCAAUACUCGGUGCCCCAAAUGCGGAAAAGUCCGACGAUUACUAGACCCCACAGUGCUGACUUCCUCGAAUACGAGUUGAACCACCGCCAUCCAAACCCCAGUGUUUUAACUCGACAACAGCCGCGGCCUAAAUCUAGCCUAGAUAUCAACCGAAAUAGCAACGAUAGUGAUAACUACUUCUACUCGGAGGAGCGCUACGCCGAAAAAAUGCGCAAAUCGGCUCAGUACCUUCCGAAAAUGCCAAAAUACUACACCACUUCGGCCGAUCCCAUGCACCAGCGACGGGUCGCGAGCAAAUACCCCGAAAACGAGAACAAUUUCGCACUAAUGCGAUCAAACACUCAACCUAUCGAUUUUAACACCUUGCAAGUCAGCGAGAUGCAGCCGGUGCGGAGCCGAAGUGUGCUAAGUGAAGGCUCGUUGUCGAAGGAGUUGGAUACUGCACGUGAAGCUGUAAGUCCGUCGUUUGCCAGGCAAGACCCUUAUAAUUACGACGACAUGCGAAAUCGCGACUAUGACCAGUUUACGCGCUCAGCGAGUGCCAGAUUGACGCAAAAUGGGUUGCAAGGUGACGGAAAACCGAUGACCAUGGAAGGCGACAGAAAGCGCGAAGAGUCAAUGAAACGUUUGCUUGAAUGGAAGCAAAGAAUGUUGCAAUCGCCUUUAAAUCGGAAGGCUCAGAAUCAGAGAGUGUACUCUGGAAGGCCUGAAUAUUAUUGUAAAAAUCAGGAGAAUGAGUACAUGUCAAAAAAUCAGGCGAAUGUGUACCCAGACGGAAGAAGGUCUGUGAAUAAUUUGCCUCAAUAUAACAGUUAUUCAUCAGACGAUGAAGAAAAUGAGGAGGGAAGCAAAGAAAAUGUGCAAUCACAGGCAGGACGGACCUUGGACACAUUUCCGAAUAAUUCUGAAUCACUUACACCUGUACAUACCACUUCUAUCACUGUGUUUAAUACUCUGAAGGAACCUGACAAGCCAUUAACUCAAUCUGACACAAUGCAUGAUAUUUCACACUUCACAAAUAAUGAGGUUGAGGAAGUCAAAGAGAAUGACGCCUGUGAAGAAAGCACAUUUACAAAACCUUUAGUACAAUGCAAUAAAGAGUCCUCACAUCGAGCUCACGUCUCCAGUUUGCGUUCCGAAUACUCCGAUAAGUUCGAACCAAGUCCAGUCGUAACUGAAAUCAAAAGUAAUGGAGCACUCGUUAAGAGCAUUUUAGCCGAAUUCGGGAAAAAAAUAAAUUCACCCGAAAAGGCCGAAAAUCCUCCAACUCCCACUAAAGAAAUCCCUGAAGAAAACUAUAUGACCAUGACACCAAAAAAGAACAUCCUAGAACCCAGAAAUAGUGACUCCACAGUCAUUUUCAACGAAUGCGAAGAAAACCCCUACGUCGAAAUGACACACAACAUCGAUAUAUCUUUCCUAGAAUCGAACUACAAUCCGGAAUUCACCGACCAACAACCAUACGAAAUGGUCUGUAUCAGUGAAGGCAAAUUUGAACCCGUAUACAUGGAACUUAAAAACCCGGACAAAAAUACGAAAAGUAAACUCCCAGAUAUUAUUGUUCCCAGAUCAAAAAUGACGUGCAAUAAGUCCGACAGUUCGGACGCUGACGAUGAAGCGUCCAAAGAUUUAGAUUCUUUGGAUACUCCAAGUAAUCCUAGAUUUAGUCUCUCUGAUAAUUUCCGACCAGCUUCUUACUAUUUAGGAGCCAGUCAAACAGUUGCAGAGUUGCAAGAUAGUUCCGAUAGUGAAUUAGUUUCGCCCCCUCCGAUUCCAACCUCUCCACCUCCUUUAGAAGAUUUAGAUAAUACUGAUGAUAGUAUUCUAACCAAUCAGAAAGUCGAGUUAGACAAAAAACAAAAUUUAUCUGCGAUUUGUGUCCUUAAAGAUCAAGACAGUGCGUCAGUUUGUAGCAUUAACACUGAGGCGGACCGCAGACUAAACAGCCGACUGUCACAAAACAGUGAUUCUGACGUCGAACUACGUAUGUCUUUGUCCCGAAACGUGGACUAUGAAAGAAUGUUAAAACGACGUCCCGUUUCUGAGGAAUUUUGCGACGAGUUAGAUUCAAUGAACGGUAAUUUUGACGAUAGUGUUGAUUUGGAUAAGUAUCUCACUGACUUGCAUUUGAAGGAUGAUACGGUUUUAAACGACUCGAAAAAGUUCCACGAAUACGAAAACUUUUAUAUUGCUCGAUACAGGGAAAAGUUAGACAAGAAAUCUGAGACAAAUAUUGAGACAAAUGACUUGUCAAGUGACGACUAUCAGAAACGGGCUGAAAGUCGGGCUUCUACUUCGGCCGAAAUUUGCGGCUUUUUGCAAGGUUCGAAUCGGUCAACCCCAAGUUUACGAAUUAGUAGUUCUCUGAGUGUGCAAGAAAUGCCAACAAUUUCGUCUUAUUUCUCCGACAGGAGGGACAUUUCGUCAAAUUCAUCUUUUAAUCAGCCUGCACCUUACUAUUACUCUGAUUUGUCAAUGAAUGUGUCGAAUACCGACAGCACUUCCACUAUACUCACUCUAAACAAUCAAAGAGGUACAAUGAAUGGGAGCAAAAGAGACAUAACGCGGAUCAUUAACCCAAUCAAGUGUAACAGUCAUUUGCGCGAAGCCCACUCUUCGACAAACAUCAUUGACAAUACUUUCAAGCUCGCAGCAGAAGCACGCUCGGCAUCUGUUGAUUUUCUCAACUUGACAGAUAAGUCGGGCCAUAUUGACAAGAAAAAUAUUUACGAAUCGGAUACUUUAAAGAGGUUGAAAGUGUCGGAAAUGGGUAACACCCAGUCGGACCCCGAGACACGAAAUCUGUACCCUUCGCGAAAAAUCGACAAGUUCAACAGUUUGGAAAUGACAAAUAAUGAGACAAACGUGCGACGGUCGCACUCUUUGGAGGGUUUGUUGGAAAAUGUGUUUAGCGAGAGUGGCGACCAAGCCGAUUCCACUUUCAUUAUCGAGAAUAACACUUCUGAUAACAUAGCUGAAGGGAGUUACUUAUGGGAGGAGGAUUCAAUAUGGCGAGAGAGGUUACGUUCGGCUAGUCAAAGACAUACGAAGUCGAUGGACGACUUGGAUAGUAUUGGUGAGAGUAAGAAAGUACAGAAAAAAUCGCCUCGCGGAAUUACUCGAGGUGUGACUUAUGUUAACGAUAAUGUCUACAAUAUGCCUAAGAAAGAGGACAGUAAGACUGAGGAAGGUGGUGGGAUUCGAAAGGAAGGGAGCUUUAUCAUAGAUAGAGAGAAGUUGAGACAGUGGGAUUUGCUCUCGAGUGCCCCUUCUGAUGACCAAAUGACGGCUUCACAGGGACCGAGGGGUAGUAACACGGUGCUAGAAAUAGGUGAUGGGAGUGAACCAGUUGAUUUCAACACUCAGCAAGCAGCGUCAGGUUCAAUAUCUAUAAAUACGAGAGAUACGUUUCCAAAAGCCAUUUCUUCUAAAAGAAUAUGGACUCCAAACUCUCAAACGAUGCAAUCACGUUCGGUAACAAAUUUAGCGAGGGCAGGCGAGCACGAGAAUUAUAUGCCGCAUCAACAGGGUUAUUACUUAAAUCAAGGACCAAAUCAUCACGAUGUCUGUAUGGAGAAUCCUCAUUAUCAUAAGGAAAAUUGGUCUUUAAAUGAUAAAAUGAAUGUUUCCGCUGGUGAACUACUCGGUAGGACGCACGAAGAACUCGUUUUACUUUUAAUUCAGUUACGUAGGCAAAGUUCUAACACCUUACAAGCCAUCGAAAAUGCAUAUAAUGAAAUCGAUACUAUACAGGCACAGCUCCACGGAUCACUUUUAAACCAGGCAAAAAGAUUAGAAAAUUUACAAAAACUGGAGCAAAUCAAGCAGCAUUUAAUAGAGCUAGAAAAACAAUAUGAAAAAGGCAAGCCUUUAGUAAAUCUUGUGGAUAACAUGGUUAAACUAGGUUCCUUAUAUCGAUCGCCCAAUGAGCGCAAUUUAUUAGCGCCUCAUGUUAGGGAUCGUUUAGAAUUCAAUCAGCAAAUCCAAGAGCGUCGUCUUUUAGCUGACGAGAGACGCGACUGGAAUAGAUUAAAUUUGAAUCAUUUACAAUUGCAAGAAAAAGUUCAACAGCUUUACCAGUUGGACAAACUAAUCCAGGAAGAAUCAGGAACGCUGCAAAAUCUUCAGCAGGAUAAAGAGGACAUCGAGCGGGCUUUAGGUGGCUUGAAGAAUCGUUUAAAUAAAGGAUUUAGUGAUCCUGCUGAAAUCGAAGAAGCGAAAAAACAGCAGGUUAAUUUAGAAAAUGAAUUAAGCAGGGUACAUUUAAUGUUAGCUCAAAAUUCUAAAAAACUUGAAGAGACUGUAGCUGGAAAUGCAAGACUGGAACAAGAACUACUAAUUUUAAAACAAAAACUGCAAAUUUCGAGGCAACAGAGAAGUUCACCACAAUUCUCAAACGCUGGUGAUAGUUUGCCUUGUGCUAUGGGUACUAGUGCUAUGUUAGAAUCAGACUUACAAAGAGUGCAACAGAAAGUUGGGGACUUGCAAAAACAGAGGCAGGAACUUAGUUUACAAGUUAGACAACUCACUGACCGCUCAAAUAGUUUACAACAACAAAUUAAACACUCACCGGCUGUAACGCAAAAUGAAGGUAAUAAGAAAAAAGUGAAUUCGUUUUGGCGUGAAACUGAUUUAGAUACCAUGAACUCAGUAGAUCAUGGUGAUUCUUGGGACAAUCAUCAAAGUAACGAUAUUUAUGUAACUCCGUUGUACAUAAACACUGACAUUAAACAUUCAGAAGCCGAUUUGUACAAUCGUAGCUUAAAAUCGAGUGAUUCAACUAGCGACGAUACUAUACAAAAUUCAAAUUUGGCAUCUUACGAGAAGCAAGAAAUUAAAACCGUGAGGAUAGUCAAAAGAGAAUCUGAAAGACGGCAAAGGGACCGGGAGAAAAGCACAACUGGCAAAUGGGACGCCCUUGUCGAAGAAGACACUUCGUCUCAAAAUUCUAGCAUCCUUUUUAGACCCACUCCUAUCCAAAAAACCCAAAGCUCUACGAAUGUGAUGUCACCGACGCUUGAAACGGACAAAAGUAGUGGUAUUUUAAGUCGUCAAAGUUCGCUAUCAAGUCCCAGUUUACCCCAGGUUUAUUCCGAUGGGGUGGCGAGUUCAGGAGUUGAAGAUAGCAUAGAAAAAUCGCCUGAACUGUCGCCGAUAUUUAAGAGCGAAGCUGCCCGUCAAAUAAUCACCGAAAUGUCAAUUCAAGAUACUCCGAAAUUGACAAAAAGGCGAGCGAUACCUAAAGAGAAACGUCGACACUACACUGCCCCUCACAACAACUUGAUAAUGAAGAGUUUGAACCAGUUACCAACCGAUGAUAACGCGUUUGAUAAGAUGAUUGGUAAUGAUAGGAGAGCUAGAGAUGACUUGGAUAUGGAGAGGGCACUAAGGCAACGAAUCGACACUCCUGAUGUCGUUCGCUCUACUUUGAGCAGCAAAGAGCUUAAAUACAAUGAAAGCACCAUUGAUAAUAUUCUAGGAACUCCAAAUAAAAUUAGUAUACCUGAAAGAUAUAUACCUGAACAAUUACCUCAAUUAUCUGCCGAAGAGCAGGAGCAUAGGUUAAGAAAAGUCGAGUCAAUUAAGAAAAUGCUCUCUGAUGCUGCUAUAAUCAGCAGCAGCUCAUCGAAUCUUGCUUCAGAUGAGAAAAAAUUUAACAAAACACCAAAUAACAUAACGAAUAAGGCGACAUCAAAAAUGAUAGAAGAGAAAAAGCAAAGAGAACAUUUGCUUCAGUUAAACCAGAUACUUGCCAAGCAAGUUAUGGAAAUGAGUAAAAUCGUUGCAGGUACCAACAAUCCCGAUGAACAGUAGUUGGCUUGAAGUUUGCUCUUAGAUUGAGUUAAAGCAUUGGCGACGUUGCCGCUUCAACCUCAACAAAUAAGCACAGACGAAGAAGACUCUUCACCUGUGACGCCUUUGCCUCUUUACCAACAACGUGAUAACUUUUACAGUUAAUUCAUUUUUAUUGAUUGUACAAAUUACAAGGGUUGUGUUCAAACGUUUGGCCUGUCGUACAUUUUAAAUAUAUUACGGCUCUUUUAGUAUACAGUAUUAACGUAAUUAGGAGCACCUUUCCCUGUAUAUAUUUGAAAUGUAACUGUAAAGAACUGAGUGCCAGACAAUAAUAAGUAUUUAUAUUUAUUUUUUUUUUCUUUAUUUUAACUAAAGUAAAUUAUGUUGUACAAUGUUAUAUAGUUAAUUGUAUUAAUAUUGUUUAUAUGAAGUUUAGAGUAUUUGUAAGUUACAAAUUAUGCUCAUAUGGGAUGGUGAUGGUUAGUUGAUCAAAACCAUAACGUCUUAAUUAAGUUUUUUUAUGUUGGCAAUGCAUUACGGUUAUUGUCACUUGAGCACAGUAAACAUAAUGUAGGUGAACGUAUUUUACAUAAUUAAGUACACCUUCACCACUGUAAUUACGUACAUUGUAGACGAAUAAUAUGAAACGAACACCAAAUCAAGCAAUAGCCGAUGUUUAUUGAAAUGUUGGUCGUAUAGUCACUGUUGAAAUAUUCGUAUAGCACCCUCCUGUAUUUCUAGUAGUAUUAUCUCAAGUGAAGAUAACUGCAUUUCGAUGUCAUCAAUUGAUUUAUUUUAAGUACUUAUGAAAAUACUCCUAUUUAUGUUUUUUGACAAAGCGUUGUGAUUUAAUUUUAUCAUUUAUACUUAAAUUUAUUAAAUGUUGAAACGAAUUUGGACUAUAACGGUCUGUCCAUUAUUUAUAAUUAGACUGUUUUUAUUUAUUGCCAUUUAUUGAGCAAACCAGCUUUUGUAAAAAUGUAUCCAUCUUGUAAAAAGUAUAACCGAUAUAAAAACAUA